CAUUUCUUGCCAUACUAUCAUUACAGAAGAAAGAAAGCAAAGAUUUGUUUCUUGCAAUGUUCAUGGCGACUCGUCAGGUUCCAGUUAUCAUGAGAACAAGGCAUGAGUAAUCAGUGGACUGUGAUCCCACCAAACGUACUGUGUAAAGCAGUAGUUCACACAGCAGUAUGAGACAGCUAUGGAUGGAAGAGUGUUAAUGACUUUUGUGGUCUCAGGAAAACAGAAUCUCACUCUUCAAGGUGCGGAAUCAACUAUGAACUAAAUGACCAAUUCAAUUUUAAUUCCUGAUUUUAAUUCUUGGGGAACUAAGGACGACCUGUAUUCUGGAGGCCAACAUCUCUGAAAGUGUAUGUACAGUGACGUCUAACAGUGGUGGACAUCAUGUUAGAGAAGAACCUGGACUAUCCUUUCAUUAAGAAAAGUGUAAAGGAAGGAAUUCUGCUGAAACAGACCAGUUCAUUUCAAAGAUGGAAGAGACGCUAUUUCAAGCUCAGAGGACGAACAUUGUACUACGCCAAGGAUUCAAAGUCUCUGAUAUUUGAUGAAGUUGACCUUUCAGAUGCCAGUGUGGCUGAGACUAGCACUAAGAACAUUAACAACAGCUUCACGGUGAUUACUCCAUUCCGCAAGCUCAUCUUGUGUGCUGAGAAUAGGAAAGAGAUGGAAGAUUGGAUUGGAGCCAUCAAAUCUGUCCAGAAGUGGGAUCUUAAUGAGACAACCCAGUUUAAUAUGGAACAUUUUUCUGGAAUGCACAACUGGUACGCCUGUUCACAUGCAAGACCCACAUUCUGCAAUGUGUGCAGAGAGGCGCUAUCUGGUGUCACUUCUCAUGGACUCUCCUGUGAAGUUUGCAAGUUUAAAGCUCAUAAACGUUGUGCUGUAAGGGCCACAAAUAACUGCAAAUGGACAACACUAGCAUCUGUGGCGAAUGACAUUAUAGAAGACGAAGAUGGUGUAACAAUGCCUCACCAGUGGUUGGAAGGAAACUUGCCAGUCAGCGCUAAAUGUGCAGUUUGUGAUAAAACAUGUGGGAGUGUUCGGAGACUACAGGAUUGGAGGUGCUUGUGGUGCAAAGCUAUAGUGCAUAGCUCUUGUAAGGAGCAACUAGGCAAAAUGUGCCCACUUGGAGCUUGCAGAGUCUCAAUUAUCCCUCCUACGGCACUAAACAGCAUUGACUCAGAUGGUUUUUGGAAAGCUACAUCUCCUGUCUCCUGUGCAAGUCCACUGCUUGUAUUUGUAAAUUCUAAAAGUGGAGAUAACCAAGGAGUAAAGUUUCUACGCAAAUUCAAGCAAUUUUUAAAUCCAGCGCAGGUGUUUGACCUUAUGAAUGGGGGCCCACAACUGGGACUUCGCCUGUUCCAGAAGUUCUCAACAUUUCGUAUCCUUGUUUGUGGUGGAGAUGGCAGUGUGGGGUGGGUACUUUCUGAAAUUGACAAGCUGGGACUUCACAAACAGUGCCAACUCGGUGUGUUGCCACUUGGCACAGGAAAUGACUUGGCCCGAGUUCUGGGUUGGGGAAGUCUCUGUGAUGAUGAUGCCCAGCUGCUUCAAAUACUUGAAAAGCUUGAACGAGCCACUACAAAAAUGCUUGACAGGUGGAGUAUUUUAACAUAUGAAUCCCCAAAGCACUCACCACCACCGGACAGAGAAGAUGAAAAUGGAGACCCAAGGAUUCAGAUGCAGAUUUCUCAGUAUGCCGAUUCUGUUGCAUUUCAUCUAGCUAAGAUCUUGGAAUCAGAUAAGCACUGUGAUGUCAUUUCUUCUGCUAAGUUUUUGUGCCUUUCCGUUAAUGAUUUUAUCACAGAAGUGGGAAAGGCAUAUGAGCGGGCAGCUGAAAACCGUGAAGAAGCAGAUAAUAUGGCUAGAAAGUGUUCAAUGCUUAACGAAAAGCUAGAUUCACUAGUACGAGCUCUUAAUGAAGAGUCCUUGGCAUUACUGAGUCCUUCACCACGAAACCUUCACCCAGACUCUGCACUGAAGGAAAAUGGCAAAGAACUGAAUGAAAAGGAUGAUGUAGCAAAAAUUUUCCAAUCUAAAGAGCAACUCAUUUUGAGGGCCAAUAGCUUAAAGAAAGCUUUGAAGCAGAUUAUUGAGCAGGCGGAGAAGGUUGUGGAUGAGCAAAACAAACAAACUCAAGUGUUCAGCAAUACGGCAACAUCACAGAACCUAAAAGAAUGCUCAGAAGACUUCAACAAAGAACUCGAGCGCAUGGCAUCCAGACGUGGAACAGUUUCAUCGACAACUUCCUCUAUCAUUCUAGAUCGACCAUACUCAUUAAAUCAUCUUCACUUCGCUGAUGAUUCUGUACAAUUUUCCGAGAAGUGCUCCAUGAAUAAUUACUUUGGGAUUGGCUUGGAUGCCAAAAUUUCUCUAGAGUUUAAUAACAAGAGAGACGAGCAUCCCAAAAAAUGCAGUAGUCGGACACGAAAUAUGAUGUGGUAUGGUGUGUUAGGAACCAAAGAACUGCUGCAGAAAACCUACAAAAAUCUGGAGCAACGUGUAAAAUUAGAGUGUGAUGGCAUAACCAUAUCCUUGCCCAGUCUUCAGGGUAUUGCAAUUUUAAAUAUCCCUAGCUACGCUGGCGGUAUUAACUUCUGGGGAGGAACCAAAGAGGACAAUAAUUUUGGGGCACCUUCCUUUGAUGACAAAAAACUGGAAGUGGUUGCUGUCUUUGGGAGCAUCCAGAUGGCUAUGUCACGUGUAAUGAACCUGCAACACCACCGUAUUGCACAGUGCCGUGAGGUAAAGAUUACUAUUUUGGGAGAAGAAGGGGUUCCUGUACAAGUGGAUGGAGAAGCCUGGGUGCAACCUCCUGGCAUCCUAAUGAUCCAGCACAAGAACCGAGCUCAGAUGCUUACACGAGACAGGGCAUUUGAAAGCACCUUAAAAUCAUGGGAGGACAAAAGAAAAGGAGAAAACUAUAGGUCUGUGCCUCGACCGCGACUUCAUUCCCAGCAGUCAAUGGAGUACCUUACUGAAGAAGAACUUGCUCAUCUGCAGCAACUUGCAAGUUCUGCAGAGAAUCUUAUUAGCAGAAUCCGGGAUGCAGCUAAAUCGCACAAGGCUAUAGAACAAGAACUGGCUCAUGCUGUAAAUGGCAGCUUUGGGGUAUUAAAUGAUGUUUUUUCCAACAAGUUAAACAAUUCUCCUGAGUUGCUGAGCAGAAACACAGCAGUUGAUGUGGCAAUUAGUGUUAAGGCAUUGUACACUGAGACCAGAGCCUUUAUGGGAAGUAAGCAGCACUGGGAGUCUCCCCAGGAAGAAGAAGGUCUGCUCUGUGCUAUUAAUGGAGUGAGUCAAGACUUGCAGAAAUUAUCUGACAUCCAUUGGAUAACACACAUCAUUAAAUCAGCAGUGGAGGAGAACAGCGAUAAUGUGAGCGGUAAAGGAAGCUUGAAGCUCAGAAUUAUUUCAAAACCAAGAAAAGAAAAAGAGAAGUGUCAUAAGCAGAAAUCCAACAGCUCAUUAACAGUGGAUAAAUGGGGUACAGAGGAAGUAGCAGCUUGGCUUGAAGUCUUGGGUUUAGGGGAAUACAAGGAGAUUUUUAUCCGCCACGACAUCCAGGGCUCAGAGCUGGUGUUGCUGGAGAGGAGGGAUCUCAAGGAUUUGGGAAUAGCCAAAGUGGGCCACAUGAAGAGGAUCCUACAGGGCAUUAAAGACAUUACCAGUCCUGUGUAGAAAUGUUACUGUUACAUUCAAUGUUCACAUAAUUGGGGAUGAGUGAUAUUUUAUGGAGUAAUGACAAAUUCACUGUAUUUAUUUUGGUAUAGUAUCUCUGGAUAUGUCUCAGUGUGUAGCAUUGCCUUGCGAUGCUGUUAUUAGAAGACCGAACAACCAACAUCGGUACCAUUAGCUUGAUCUUAUAAGAAAUGCUGUGAUGCCUAAAUGCAAGUGUUUCAGUCCUCCAUUUCCAUAAUAAGUACUACUUAAUUACUAACUAAUUAACUCAUCGAUACGCAUACCAUUACACAUAUUAGGCCUCUUGCACGCGACCGUAUGUAUUUAGCGGUUCGCAAAAAACGGAUCCGCAAAAAAUACGGAUGACAUUCGUGUGCAUUCCGUAUUUUGCGGAACGGAACA